AUUUUGCGCGUUGUGCUUCAUAUUUGUAUAGUUUCCUAAAAUUUUUUCUGAGCGCAUGUAGUGUUGAUAGGAAAUUGAAGUUGGAAUGUGAAGUGAAGUCCAUUAGAGGUAUUCGAAUAGAGUUAUCCAGAGAGUGUAGUGUGUUACAAAGAUGGUUGUGUGAUUCAACUAGUGAAGAGUUUGUUAAGUCAUUAUACGAGUUAUGGAGUUUGAUGAGAGUGGAAUCAGCUGCCAUGAGAAUGAUGUUUUUGAUUUUGCUCCAAAGAGUGUUGAUGUUAGAGAGUAUAAGUGGAUCAAUAAAUGAGCUUGACAUUUUUGUGUGUAGUGUGAAUUUAGACCAG